CGUAAAGAUUUAUAAUAAAGCAGACGAUACGAAAUAUGUGAUAAAUCUAAAUAUAAUUCCGUAUAAAUCCCUACCAUUGAUCGCGGAACACAACAGCGUCUACUUAGAACAUCUAGUGACUUUAAUAGUACCAAACCAGACCAAACCAAACUAAACCAAACAUAAGAAAUCGGAGAAGCGAAGUGACAAUUGGAUUUAUUUAGUUAAUAUACGAGAAUCUUCUAAUCAUGUUUCGCUCUUUACGCACAAUUUGUGCGUUAUACAACUGUAAAAAUGUUAGAGGCCUGAAGACUUCGGUUAUUCGCACAUCUGAUCAGUUAUUUACCCAUCGGGACAGUGAAGUUGAUAACCCAAAAAUACCAUUUGAAUUCAAUGAAGAAAAUAAAAAACGUAUUGAAGCUCUUCUAAAGAUUUAUCCAGAAGGGCAUAAACGUGGUGCAAUGAUACCUUUGCUAGAUUUAGCUCAACGUCAACACGGUUGGCUACCUAUCUCUGCUAUGCACAAAGUAGCUGAAAUAUUAAAUGUGCCGCAUAUGAGAGUGUACGAAGUAGCCACAUUUUAUACAAUGUUCAAUAGAAGGCCAAUGGGAAAGUACCACGUACAAAUCUGUACGUGUACUCCAUGUUGGUUGCGAGACUCUGAUUCUAUAGUGGAUGCUGUAACUAAAGCUACAAAUUGCAAAAUUGGAGAAAUGUCUGAAGACAAGCUGUUCACAGUAUCUGAAGUGGAAUGUCUUGGUGCUUGUGCUAAUGCACCAAUGUUUCAAGUCAAUGAUGACUACUAUGAAGACUUGACUCCUGAAAGUGCUACUACUAUAAUAAACGCGUUAAAGAAAGGAGAAAGACCACCACCAGGCCCACAGAAUUCACCUAGAUUCGCAGCAGAUCCCGCUGGUGGUUUGACGUCGUUAACAUCUCCGCCACCAAAACCUGGAUUUGGCGUUAGAUCCGAUCUGUAACUGUACCCUGACAGAGUCAGUGCACUGUAUAAUCUGUAAAUGAUCUAGUAAUAAUUACGUGUUUGAAUAGACAG